GUCAGUACUUGCUUAGCGGGGAAGCGAUCACUACCACAGACUUAAGAAGCAUCAGUGUGAGUGAGGAAUUACUAGCUAGAGGACGUGACCAUGAACACCGUCAUACUCCUGUGUCUACUGUCUCUUGCAGUCACCAGUUGUUUGGGACUGUCUUGUCUACCCUGUGAUAAAAGUCUCCAUUGUCGUGACCCCAACACCCUGGAGUGUCCCUGGGGCAUCGUGACGGACCUCUGUAACUGCUGUCCCGUCUGUGGAAAGGGCCCAGGAAAAAUGUGUGGAGGGCCGUGGAACAUCAACGGGAAGUGUGGUCGUUGCCUCGUCUGCAAACAGAAAAACAACGAUGAAGGAAUCUGUGUCUCGGACAAAUCAAAGUGUUAAAGCCAGAUGGUCUUCCACUACCGUCUGUCGUUGUCCUCUACAGCUGCCUUAUGGAGCUUGUUGUCAAGACCACACGUGAACUAGGGAGCCAUCGUGAUCACCUCCAUACUGAGUUGUGUCAUCAUUUUAACAAGACUAACUGUUGGGCAGUGGAAAUUGUUCUGGUUGAUCAGGCACUGAUCUAUCGGGAGGCCAGGUCAGGGACCGGGCCGCGGGGGCGAUGACCCCCUGGAACACCCUUCAGGUAGAGUUAGGUUCACCAAAAACUCGCACUUAGGCGAGGAACCUGAGGAUGACGUUUCAAUCCAUCCUGGAGCAUUUGACAAUGGUCCAGGAUAGACAGAAACGUCGUAGUAACGUUCCUAAACUAAGUGCGGGUUUAGUAAAUUGUUUUAGCCACGGUAUUGCGCUAGCAAUCAGGCUACGGGACUUAUUUUCUUUUCUAAUAGAUGUACCAAAUAAUGUAACUUCAUCUACUGAAACUUAAGUUACUCUUAGUGUUCUUAAAAGCUGACUGAUGUUUGCACAGAGGACUUGCACACUAAUCUAUGCUGAAUUUCAGGAGUUUCAUUCAUGUGGGUCAUAAGUUUAGUGCAACAAAAACUACUGAACAACAUUCAGUCAUGCUGAACUUCAUAAAGAAAUUUCAGAAAACAAAUCUGAGUGAGUGUUUCCAAAUGCAGACAUUACCUUGCAUAUAUUUUUAACAUUAAUUGUCACAAAUUACACAGCUGAGAAUUAAUUUUUUUUAGAUGAAGUAAAUUAAAAAUCCCAAGAGAAGAAUUAUGCACCGAGACGGUCUGGAUGUCUUGUCUCUGCUAAAUACAGGAACAGAUUUAUGUCAGAUUGAUUCUGAGGAAUUGAUCAAAGAAUUUGUGAUUAAAAAAAGUAGGAGGGAACUUUUUUAAAUAAUAAAGUUAUAAACAGGCAACAAUCAGCACUACUUUAUGUCGUUUGAUAGAUGUGUGUUGACAUGUGUGUUGACAUGUGUGU